CUGCCGUUGUGUACAGAUCCGGUGUGUAAGCAUGGCGGUGGAGAUGAGGCUCCCAGCGCUGCACAAACACGUUUCUAUCACACCAUCACAGUCUCACCGGGACGACAAACACCUGGUGGUCCCUGGCGAUGUCAUCACAUCUGACACGGGCUUCAUGAGGGGUCAUGGCACGUACAUGGAUGAAGAGCGGCUCACGGCUUCAGUGGCUGGACAGGUGGAGCGGGUCAACAAACUCAUCUGUGUGAAGCCGCUGAAGACCAGGUACAACGGCGAGGUUGGCGAUGUGGUUGUAGGCAGAAUCACUGAGGUGCAGCAGAAACGAUGGAAAGUCGAGACAAAUUCACGUCUGGAUUCAGUGCUUCUGCUGUCGUCAGUCAAUCUUCCCGGAGGAGAGCUGAGACGGCGAUCAACACAGGAUGAGCUGGCCAUGAGAGACUAUCUUCAGGAAGGAGAUCUCAUCAGUGCAGAGGUUCAGUCGAUCUUCUCAGACGGCGCUCUCUCUCUGCACACACGCAGCUUGAAGUACGGGAAGCUGGGUCAGGGUGUGCUGGUUUUAGUCUCACCGUCGCUAGUGAAGAGGCAGAAAACUCACUUCCACAACCUGCCGUGCGGAGCAUCCGUAAUACUGGGCAACAACGGCUAUGUGUGGCUGUAUCCCACACCGGAACAGCAGGACGAGGAGGCCGGCGGAUACUACACCAGCAUGGAGCCCGUGUCUCGGAAUGAUCGGGAGGUGAUUUCUAGGCUCAGGAACUGUUUGUUGGCUCUCGCGGCUCAUAAGGUUUUGCUGUAUGACACCAGCGUGCUGUACUGCUAUGAAGCGUCUCUUCCGCAACAGACUAAAGACAUCCUAAAGCCAGAGGUCAUGGAGGAGAUCAUUUUGGAGACACGACAGCGCCUAGUCGAGCACGAAGGAUAAACCACACGCUCUCCUGCUUUUACUGUUUCAUACAAACCCUAUAGUUGAUGUCUUGAAAUAAAUGAAUUUGUUUGAAAA